AUCGCCAAGUAUUACCAAUGGGGGAGAGAACUGUAUGUAAACAAUACAGUUCUCUCCCCUGUCAGCUCCUGCACGCUGCUUUGUGUGGCUCUGCAUAGCACAGCCAUACAAAGCAGCAUGCUUACAGUGGAAAGCACACAACACAGCCUCACAGUUAACCCUUUGAUCACCCCAGAUGUUAACCCGUUCCUGCACAGUGCCAUUAGUACAGUGUCAGUGCUUUUUAUAAGCACUGAUCACUGUACUGGUGUCACUGGGGAUGUCAGUGACACCAAGUCAGUUCCCCCUAGUGUCAGAAUGUCCGCCGCAGUUCCGCAGUCCCACUAUAAGUCGCUG